AUGAAGGUGGUGUCCAAGGCUCCCAUCCAGGAACCGCGAUUCAGGCGCUUGACUUUCAAGCAGCCAGGGCCGAGCGUCGUUGACUUGGAGGAGGUCCCGGCCAGUGCUGUGGAGGAAGAGACCCGCGCCUUCCGAGCCUCCGUGGCGUCGCCUGAGCCCAAGGGAACUAAGAGGAAGCUAGAGGAGCCGGCUGCGGGCGUUUCGGAGGGUGACGCGACGGUCGCCUCACAACAGGAGAGCGUCGAGCCGGAGGUGCUGGAGGAGAGAUGGUUCCUGGCACUGGGCAGCAAGAUUGUUGGCGUUCAGCACUACGAUGGUGUCGUUUCUGACCGCGAGAACGUGGUCCUGCGCCGACAGCCUACCAACAUGUACGACCCCAAUGCCAUCCAGGUGCUCAACAUCCGUGGGGAGCAAAUCGGCCACGUGCCCCGGGAGAUGGCUGCGGCAUUGGCCCCGGUCAUGGACUCCAGCGAGGAGCUUCGGGUGGAAGGCCACAUCCCCCGGGGCUCUGGGAACGUGUUCUCCAUCCCGCUGCGGCUUCAGGUCUUCGGUCACGACCCGAGGGGUCACCUGGCGCCACGGCUGCGGAGCUUGGGGGACCGUCUGCAGCGCACCUACUGCGCUGCUGCCCGCGGAGCCGUGGAGGUGGUGAGCGCUGCUAGUGGCACGCCGGUGCAGGAGCUGACGCCACAAAUGUGGCGGGAGAUCAUGGGCGGCCGGCCCUUGAAGAAUCCACGGAACGAGCGCUUGGGCCCGGCGAUGCACGAGGUCAUCGAGCGAGAGGUGGAGGAAAUCUUCCGGGACCCAGGGCACUACGAGGCAAGCCCCCUGGCCGAGCAGCCUGAGCUCCUGAGGACGGAACUGUACCCGCACCAGCUCAAGGCCCUGCAUUGGAUGCUGCAGCAGGAGCGCAAGCUGACGGUGGCCGAGAAGUUGGCUGAAGUGGGAGGAAAGGCACAGGCCUUUUUUUGGACCAAGGAGGCACACUCCAGCGGUCAGGUGGUUUACAAGAACCUGGCUACCAACUCCGCCUUCAAGCGCCCACCCUCCUUGCCACGCGGCGGCAUCCUAGCAGAUGACAUGGGGCUGGGCAAGACCAUCACCGCCAUCGCGCUGAUGCUAGCAGCGCCCGCCAGCAAGGCCGAGGGGAAGAACUUGGUGGUGUGUCCGCUUUCGGUGUUGUACAAUUGGUCUGAGCAGUUGAAGCUGCAUGCGCCUUCGCUCCGGGUGCGCACCUACCACGGGCCAGACCGGGACAAAUCUCCUGGCAGCUUCCGACUGCAGGACGUGACAUUGACGACCUACGAUGUGCUGCGCGCGGAGGUGCGUGACCUGAGCAAAGGCCUGGGCUCGGUGUCUUGGCACCGCGCGGUGCUGGACGAGGCCCAUGUGAUCAAGGGCCACAAGCAGGCGACGGCCCAGGCAGUGUUCCAACUGGUGAAAGCGGACUGCAAGUGGUGCCUCACCGGCACACCCAUCCAGAACUCCGUGGAAGAUUUGUUUUCCCUGGCGCGGUUCUUGAAGCUUGAGCCUUUCGACCAGUUCGACUGGUUCAACCGCACCAUCCUGCGGCCCUUGAAGAACCGCGAUGUGGUGGGCUUUGAGCGCCUGCAAGUGUUGCUUCGUUUCUGGUGCCUGCGCCGAACCAAAGACAUGAGCAUCUUGGAUUCCAGUGGCAAGAGGCGGCCACUGUUGCUCCUGCCCAGCAAGACCUUGGAGUUGGUGCGUGUGCCUUUGGAGUCCAGCGACCGUGUGCUCUACGACCGCCUCUUCAACUGUGCCAGCGAGAGGGUUCAGGAGAUGCAAGCCCGCAGCCAACUGGGGCAGAAUUUCUCACAAGUUCUUUCACUGUUGACCCGUCUUCGGCAGCUUUGCUGCUCAGCUGGGCUCCUGCCAGCAAACCUGCUGGCCGAACUUCGCAGUGGGAAAGGUGAUGUCGGCCGCGUGUUCGACGCAGCAGUCGCUGCCCUUGGCAGCAAUCGCGUGGAGCAGUUGCUGAAGAAUUUGGCAGAAGCCCAGGAGGAUGACUGCAGUAUUUGCAUGGAGCCCAGCUGCGACAUCGUCACGCGCUGUGGCCACGUCUUUCACCGCGGCUGCAUUGAGACAGCCCUGCGACAGCUUGGAAGAAGCGGGCAGGGGCACUGUCCUCUCUGCCGCGGCAGCAUCAAGAAGGCGGAGCUGCUCGAGAAGCCUGCAGAACUCGAGGUGGUGGAGGGGGAGAACGAUGCGAAUUGGGCGCCCGCCAGCUCAAAGAUCCGGGCGGUGUUGGCCUUCCUGUCGGAGCAGGUGAUCCAGAAGGUGGACGGAGAGCAGCGUCCCCACAAGGCCGUCAUUUUCUCGCAGUUCACCGCUUUGUUGAACCUGGUGCAGGCGGAGCUGAAAAAGCAUCAGCUGCCCUUUGUGCGGCUGGACGGCUCCAUGUCCCACGACGCCCGCGUCUCUGCGCAGCAGAGCUUCGCGGGGCACGGGCACAUCCAGGUGAUGCUUUGCAGCCUCAAGGCAGCUGGAACAGGUCUGAACCUAACAGCUGCGGACCACGUGCUGUUGAUCGACCCGUGGUGGAAUCCAGCUGUAGAGGACCAGGCCAUCGAUCGCCUGCACCGCCUGGGCCAGCGACGCCCGGUGCGCGCUCUGCGCUUCGUGGCGGAGCGCACCGUGGAGGAGCGCAUCCUGGAGGUGCAGAAGCAGAAGCGUGCCAUCGUCGAGGGCGCCCUCUCAAAGAAGUCCCGCGAAGAGUUGCAGAAGAUCCGCCUGGAGAUGAUGGCCUCAAUCUUUGAGCCGUUGUAA